CUUUUCUAAUUCGUACGAUGUCAACAGUAAUAUAUUUCUCUCUUUCCCUCACAUUGUUUCUGCCGUUUCACAGUAGGCACGCGUAUAAGAAUCAAUAUGUCCACGUGACCUGUCGUCAGUCGAGCUUCAUUCGCUGGUCGCGUAAUUGCAAAUGCAAAAUGUGGAAACGUUUGUGUUAUUUUGAAAUAGUAAUAUUCUGUAGUUGAAUUUGUAUUAUGGUUUUAAAAUGCCUGCAUCAAUUGGUGUUAAUUUGCGUGUUACUGGCCACUGUAGCCAAGGCGGUAGAAAGUAUAUGGAAGAUUUGUUUUCCGUUGCGUAUCAACAAACGGAAGAUGAGAGGGAUUUGGAGUACGCUUUUUUCGGAAUAUACGACGGUCAUGGUGGAGGAGAAGCUGCAGCAUUUGCUAAGGAGCAUUUGAUGGACUCUAUAGUAAAACAGCGACAGUUUUGGUCUGAUAAUGAUGAAGAUGUGCUCAAAGCCAUUCGAAAUGGUUACAUGUUGACCCACUUGAACAUGUGGAAAGAAGUAGAAAAAUGGCCCAAAACAGUUACGGGGCUACCAAGUACAGCGGGAACUACAGCCAGUGUAGCAUUUAUUCGUCGUGGGAAAAUAUACAUUGGCCAUGUUGGCGACUCUGCUAUUGUUCUUGGUUACCAAAAAGAUGGCUGUGAAGAAUGGGCUGCUAAACCUUUGACAUCAGAUCAUAAACCAGAGUCUACAGCUGAAAUAGAAAGAAUCCAAAGAUGCGGUGGUAAAGUUAUAUCGAAGGCUGGUGUUCCACGUGUGGUGUGGAACCGACCUCGCCUCGGACACAAGGGACCAAUUAAAAAGAAUACACCCAUGGAUGAAAUUCCGUUUCUUGCUGUGGCACGUUCGCUUGGUGACCUUUGGAGCUAUAAUCCUCAAAACGAUGAAUUUAUUGUCAGUCCUGAUCCAGAUGUCGGAGUUCUUAUUAUAGAUCCCUCGAAAUUUAGGUGCCUUAUUUUCGGUACUGAUGGAUUAUGGAAUAUGAUAUCACCAGAAGGUGCUGUUAGUUUAGUUCAAGCAACAGAAAGACAUAAUGAAGCUGCUUUGAUUGGAAGUGGAAGCAAUCAACCAAGAGACUGGCUCAACCCUUCGAAAAGCUUAGUAGAUCACGCUCUAGAGAGGUGGUCCAAUACUCGAAUGAGAGCUGAUAAUACAUCUGUAGUGACACUAAUGCUAGACCCUCCUGGUCCACCACGAGCGACUAUGUUACGCUCACGAACCACAGCUCAAAAGCCACAGACAUCAUUGCCAUCAACGUUGCCCGUUCCGAAUGUUCCUCCUCCGCCCGCUAAAGUAGAAAAUUCAAAGUCAGAUGUGUCUGUCGAAAGUGACACACGGCAAGUGCCUCAAAAUGGACUCACAAUUAUGACGAGAUAUUCUGAUGUCGAUAAAUCAAACCCAUCAACAGAGGAUUCGGAUAAAACACCUUUACCACCGUGUGCGACAAUCGACGGCCGGUUUUCAGUGGGUCAUAAAGAGGAGACGUCACGGGACGACGACGCCGGCGGUGACGAUAACGAGGCGGCCAUCAGUAAUUAUGGAAAUCCAACCGAAUCUUACUUCAUGGCUCGUUUACUCAAUCGGUCCCGCGUAGUCAAUACACUAUCCGAAGUCUACGACGAAAUCGUACACGGGCAAUUGGUCAGAGACGAUUCGGAAGUUCCGGAACCUUCACCACCGCCCACUGCGACCGAACUGCCCGAUCUCGGCGGUGGUGAUAACGCAAGCUCGCGCGUUGCACCGCCCGCCUCGACCGACACCCCCGCCGAGACCGUCGAGGACGCGGGUGCCGGCGGCGACGUCGACGACGUCGGAAUUCAGAUCAACGAAGUUUCCUCUAGCUCACCCACCGAAGGUCCGCCGCGACCUCGCGGCCGGCGAUUCCGAAGCGAGGGGCGGAGAGACGCGUCGACAGCGCCGAACGACAGAGUGCUGCGCUCCCACCACGAACUCGAUUCGGCGCCCCGGCCGCGCACGCGCAUCACGCGCUCGCGGGGGCCCGCCGAGCCGGCGGUCGUCGUCCUGACGAGGCGCGGCCCGCCGCCUCCGCCGGAGCCGCGCCCGCCCCCGCGCCGCCCCGCGCCCGACCCCGCGCCCGCCGACGGCGGCGACGGGGACGACGCGCGGCGGGCGACGCGCUCGCAGAAUGCGGUCGCGAGAGGGCCGCGCGAAACGAGAGCCGGCGCGGGAAACUCGGCGCGCGCCCCGGGGCCGGUGCGGCGGGCCCCGGCGGCGCGGCGGGAGGCGGCGCGGGCCCGCUCCAAGGAGAACCUCGGCGGCGCUCGCCGCCGCGUGCGCGCGCCCGCCGCGCCCGCCUCGCCGCCGGCCGCGCGCCCGCCGCCGCGCACGCGCCGCGCCGAUAGCGCGCCCGGCGACGCCGAGGUGCACUCGACGACGGGCGAGGCGGCGGCGGCGGCGGUGCCGGCGGGGCCGGAGCGCGCGCUGCGCUCCCGCAACGAGGCGGCGCCGGCGCGCGGCGUGAAGCGCGCGGCGGAGGACGCGGCGGGCGGCGGCAAGACGGCGCGGCCGGCGGAGCGCUGCGGCCGCGCGCUCGGCAAGCGCGCCGCCGCCGUGUGGGCGCCGGCGCUCGCGCUGCGCAACCGCCUGCGGAGGAGACUCGUCAAGUAGCGCUCCGGUGCUCGGUGACCCGCAAGCGUGCGGGGUCGCGACGGUGCCUUCAGUACUGCCAGAGUACUCUUGACUUUUAUUAUGUAGUAGACUCGAAGCCGGCGGUCGUCGGCCGCGAGAUUCAGAGAGAUCCAAAGAUGACUGCGUCGUAUACGGUUAGUUACUGUUAUUAACGUACUGUUGUUAUUUUGUUUAUUUUAUUACUAGAUCCGUUUCAGAUUUACUGUGGACGUUAGUUUUCGUUCUCACUUCGCUUUUCUCGCUUUCCGUCGAUGUACUUUAUUUCGUUUUUAACACGAAUGUGGGUCGCAAGCGUGACCGUAAUCGAUAGUACAAAAGAGUAAAUUGCUUAGUUAACUAGUAAAUGAAUGUGUGGACCAGGUGGAUUAAAUGAGCCCAAAUAAAUA